AGGAACUCUACAAAACUCAAGUCAAAGCAAAGCUCUGCUUCACUACACCUUUGGGGCUUUCGGGGGCUCGCCUUGGGCUCAGAUGGCUUUAGGAUACAGAUACUUCUCCGGGAGUGGUGUAGCUGCUAGCUGUGAAAAAGCUCUUGAUUACUACAGAAGAGUAGCAGCUAGUGUAGCUGCUGAGGUGUCCUUUAGUGGAGGAGCUACGGUGCAGAGAAUUCGGUUACAGGAUGAGAUGGAUAGUGGAGGGUAUGGAGGAAUACUGGAUAAUGACCUUAUUGAAUACUAUCAACUACUGGCUGACAAGGGAGAUGUACAGGCUCAAGUAGGGCUAGGACAGCUACACUAUCAGGGUGGUCGAGGGAUUGCUCGGGACCCUGAGCAAGCUCUUCACUAUUUCCAGCAGGCAGCGGAGUCGGGGAAUGCUGUGGCAAUGGCGUUUUUAGGAAAGAUAUACCUUGAGGGAAGUGAGGUAGCCAAGCCGAGUAAUGAGACUGCCUUCAAGUACUUUAAGAAGGCCGCCAGUCUUAACAAUCCAGUUGGACAAUCAGGUUUGGGUAUCCUCUAUCUCUAUGGAAAAGGUGUUGACAAGGACUAUAAGAGAGCUUUUGAAUACUUCAGCAAGGCUGCAGAACAAAGCUGGGUUGACGGUCAACUUUACCUGGGUAACAUGUACUAUCAGGGUUGGGGCGUGAAGCGAGAUUACAAAAUGGCGAUCAAGUAUUACAACCUGGCCAGCCAGUCUGGUCACGUUCUGGCUUUCUUUAAUCUCGCUGAUAUGCACGCCACCGGAACAGGAAUGCUCCGAAGUUGUCCGACUGCGGUUGAAUUGUACAAGAAUGUUGCAGAGAGAGGAAAGUGGGGAGAAUAUUUGAUGGAGGCUCACUCUGAUUACAAGAACGGAUUAUAUGACAAGGCUCUGCUAAAGUAUCUUCUCCUGGCAGAGCUAGGGUUCGAGGUGGCUCAGAGCAACACUGCUUACAUUCUUGACAGGUAUUCAAUUGAUAACGGGUCUAGAGAUGUCGAGUUAAUCAGAAAAUUUGGGCAGUUUUUAUUUGAGAAUAAAUGCUUGAACUCUCAAUUAAAGGUAUCCUUGGAUUUGGGGUAUAGUGCUGCCAGGGUACGACUAGGGGACUACUACUACUAUGGCUGGGGGACUAUUAUUGACUAUGAAAUGGCUGCAUCACAUUACAGGAUAGCUAGUGAGCAGCAGAACAAUGCUCAGGUAUACUUGAUAAUCAACUUAUUAUUGAAUUGGCUUGCUGUGUUGUUUGCUGUAAAGAAUGCAGAGGAUUUGAAGAUUAUAGUGGGUCCUGAAACUUGGGAUUCUCUUGAACUAUAUUGGGAUCUUUACUUGGUAUCUCUUCUCUUCCUUGUCCUCGGUUUAAUGCUUAUACUUCGUCGGCCUCCAAAUCAGAGAUUGCAGCGAGGACAACAACAACAUCAACAUCAUCAACAUCAGCGGAACGGAGUACCUGCCCCUACCACCACACCACGCCCACCAGCAGCUGCUACGCCUCCUGGGGCUGCUACCACGCCUCCAGCUGCUUCUACAAGAUCAGGAGCAACCUCAUCGCCAUCUGUUGCUAGUUUUCCUGCUCCUGAAGCAGCUUUAAAUUCAGCAACAGCAUCAAGUACCACACCUAUUUCAGACGGAGUAGCUAAAACUGAAGCAGUUGGAGCUACAAACGGAGCAGCUGCAGAAGCUGCUUCUUCUAAUGAGGACAAGAAGAAUGAAUAGAUUAUUUAUAUAUUUGCUGUAUCACAUUUUGAGUUAUUGAUCGAAACAAAAUUCAUACUGAAUCUUUUUGUUUUGGUGUUUUUCACUUGCAUUCCUUAUAUUAAAUUUUCCUACUUA